UAGUUUUCUGUCCUUUUUAGUUUUUUAAUUUUUGCUUUUUUUGUUAGGUCUGUUCUGUUAAAUUUCAGUCAACUCAAAAGUGUAUCAACGAGUCCGUAUUUUGUACAGAAAAAAAGUUCUAAUUGUAAAUUUAUUUUCUUUAAUAUAAUACUUACUGAAAUGUAAAACAAUGUUCCCUUCUGGUUACUGGAUUAAGGAAAAGUGAAAACUAAUGAAGUCUUUGUUCUCCACAUCCUUGGAAAUGUGUAUUAAGAAUCUUUACUACGGAUUGAUUUUGUUGAACACUUGUUUUUUCUUUUUCUCAAUAAGAUCAAUGGGUUAAUAUAAAAAAAACAAUAUAAAAAUGAAUAGGAGGGUUCUAUAAACUAAAGGUGGGAGACUGGGAGUUGAGUGAAAACAUAAUCAUCUCUAGAUCUUUGACAGAUAGAGAAUGCCAGAAAGGCGGUCCUUUUUAUAGAACCCAAUCCAGAUUUAAUGUUUACCAACCUGCGAAUACCAUAAUGCCAUGCGCAACCUAGACAUAACCUCACCCCACGCCCCAUAAGCUUUACAAAUGUGCUUCAAUAAUUGAAGAGAAAGGGACAUUGGCUUACUUGUUUGUUUCACCCUUUAAUCAUUCAACUGAUGAACAUUUGAUAAAUGGCUAACAUCAUUGCUAAUACUUGCUUGGUAUGUAUGACAUACCUUUCCUUUUUCUUUCUCUUGAUAUGAGCAUAUUAAGAAUUCUUUUUUCGAUAUAAGAUGUACAUAAUCGAUAUGAAAACGCUAAAAUUUAUUUCUUGUUUGUUCCCCUUUAUUUCCAUCGACGUUGGCUAUUUUGAGACGUUUUCAUCUUCUGUGAUUCUUCAAGUUGUGUUUGUCUGUCUGUCCAUUGGAAACUUGUUUUGAUUUCUUCUCCCGUGAGGCCAUAGCAUCAAUUUUCAUUUCGGUGGCAGAACGGAUAGUGAUACUACUGAGACGAGAAAAGAAUGUACUAGUAGAGAGAAGAGAACCAACCAAAAUGCAUUUAUUCCCCUUCCUUAUCCUCUUCUUCCCUUCUUCCAUCACCAAUUCCUCGGAUUCCAAAUUUCACGUUCCCCCCAAUGAAUCACCAUUAUUAAUGAAGGUUUUCUCUUUUCCCGUUUUUAGCUUCUUUCUAGCCUUGGCUCUUAUUUAUGGGUGGUUGUCCGCACCUUCAAAUACAGAAGUAGAAGAUAGAACACUCUUACUUACUGUCACUGACUCACUGUCCAUGUCAUAUUUACGUUCCGUGUCUGGCUGGGUAUUAUUAAGAUUGUUUGGACGCGAAGAGGUGGUGCAAUAUACACUACAGAAGCCGCACAACGAGGGUUGAGUCCUGAUGUAUACUCCAUAGGAUUUUCGUGCGUGAAUGACUCGUGUUCGUAUUCAAGGGCAGCCCUUUUUUCUGGGGCAUUUUUUUUCCUCUUCUGGUUGUCUCUUUCGGCCUUUUUUUUGUUGGGUAUUCAUUAUUCAUGUUUGUCCGUACUUCCCCUCUCGUUUUCGUCGUUUCUACUGAGACUGUCAUUCUUGUUUUCCAGAGGUUGUUGAGGUCUGAACGUGGGCUCCGCUCUUUGAGAGGUUGGAAAUGUCAAGUGGAGCUCUUUGUCAACGGACACGGUGGACUUGUUUACGCCAUGUGAUAAGAAAACACCAAAACCAAAAAACCAUUCAAGUUUAACAACCCAUCCCUAUUCCCUAUCUACCCAAACUUUAUACUUCCCAGUUGGUUAAAUACUUUCCCAGAUGGUUAGCAUGUGAGUUUGUAUUCUAAGGUAUACUUGUAUAUAUGCAUGUCUUGUUAUGGUUUCAAAUUAAGUAAUAUAUCUCUGUUGAUUUCGAUCAUGUGUCGAUUUGGGGUUUAGGUGUUUGGUGAAGGAAGGAGAGUCCAAAGCUUUAAGGAAGCAGGGUGCUGACUGACUUCCAAGUUGUUUGUGGCGAUGGCGGGGGAAGAGAUAAACCAGAAGCUUUUGACCAAAACUGUCGAGGCAGAAGGCGAGGAAGUACCCUUGAAGUCCGAGAUAUGGACGGAGACCAAGAAGAUGUGGGUUGUGGCUGCCCCAGCUACCUUCACCAGGUUCUCCACCUUCGGCAUCAAUGUCGUCAGUCAGGCUUUCAUUGGCCAUAUUGGGUCAACUGAACUCGCUGCUUACUCCCUUGUCUUCACUGUCCUCUUGAGAUUCGCUAAUGGCGUCCUGCUGGGCAUGGCUAGUGAUUUGGAAACUCUUUGUGGGCAAUCAUUCGGGGCGAAGCAGUACCACAUGCUGGGAGUUUGCCUGCAGAGAUCAUGGAUUGUUUUGAUCAUGUGCGCAAUUCUGAUGCUUCCGAUAUUCGUCUUCACUACUCCGCUCCUGGAGCUAUUGGGCCAAGAGGCUUACAUCGCUGAGGUUGGGGGAACUAUUUCACUAUGGUUGAUCCCAGUGAUGUUCUCCUCCAUCGCUUCCUACACCUGCCAGAUGUUCCUUCAGGCACAGAGCAAGAAUGUGCUCAUUGCAUAUUUGGCUGCAGCUUCCAUGACCAUCCACUUGUUCCUUAACCUGGCUGUGGACCAUAAAGUACAGGUAUGGGAUCCCAAGAGCAAUGAUAUCCACGAUUCUGGCUUAUUGGAUCCCCAAUAUAGGUCAGCUCUUCUUUGUUACUUGUGGUGGCUGCCGUGAAACUGGGAAGGGUUUCUCGUUCUUGGCGUUCAAGGAUCUGUGGCCUGUUGUGAAGCUCUCUGUUUCAUCUGGGGCUAUGCUUUGGUACGU